AUGGCGACACUAACUCAACCCUCUUUGCCUGACAGGUUCCAGUCACAUGUCGCAUUCGACAACCUUCCUUUGGGCGAGGCGACUAAGAACAACACGCUUUCGCUGACGUUGAAUGUCCGUCACCGGGGGUACCAAGCGCAACGACGAUCGCGCACCUUCAUGGUCGGCGUCGACGAGCAUGCUUACUCCGACUAUGCGUUGCAGUGGCUACUCGACGAGCUAGUCGACGACGGAGAUGAGGUUGUCUGUGUGCGCGUUAUUGAGAAGGAGCUACGAGCCGCCGAAACGAACAAAAUAUACCAGGAAGAGGCGAAGAAGGUCAUGGAUGGCAUCCUGAAGCGCAACGGCCUGAACCGAGCCAUCAGUAUUGUACUGGAGUACGCGAGUGGAAAACUCCAUGCGACAUUCCAGCGACUGAUCCAAAUUCACCAGCCUGCAAUGCUCAUCGUUGGCACGAGGGGCCGGUCGCUCGGUGGCCUCCAAGGCCUGGUCAAUACGCGCAAUUCCUUUUCGAAGUACUGUUUGCAGUACUCGCCUGUUCCUGUUGUCGUCGUCCGCCCGACGGAGAAGCGGGAGAAGAAGAAGAAUAAGAGAAAGAACGAUACGGAACGGCAGACAUAUGUCAGGAUGCUGUCAGCGACAGGCGGAAAACACGAGGCCGACAGCGAGAGAAGCAGCAUGUAUGAAGUGGAAGUUCACAACACGGCGGACGAAGAGGCACAUCAAGUCGCCAAAGCGCUAGGAUUGCCUGCGGCAUUUGACCCAACUAUCAAGCCAGUCGACCUCAAUGCUCUUCUGCAUCCGAGACACCAAUCAGCGCCAUCCAAUCUCGCACAAACGAGUAGCGCGGGCACGGGUAGAUCAUCCGCCCCGCCUAGUGCAGCGGGCGACAGCGAUGAGGAAGAUGACGAUGAUGAGGACGAGUUCGAGACUUUCUCUGGCGACCAGCUUAUCAACUCGUCGCAGAUGGACAAGCUCCACAAGAUGGAGGCCAACGAGGCGGCAGCCCUCAAGCAACGAAAGUCGAGUUUGGACUCUAGCGCCAGUGGAGUAGAUGACGACGAAGACGAGGAGUCCAAAGCCUCGCGACACAGCAGCAACAGCUGA